AUGCGCUCGCUCAUAGCGCUUUUGGGUAUCACAGCCGUCUUUGCUACACCUCAGACGCCUCUGACCGUCAACAAGCACGCUUGGGAUGCCGUACCAACCCCCACAGUUCACCUAGACGAUGCAACGUUCACAGGAGAGAUCUACUACGAUACCGCCCAGUUCCUGGGCAUUCCGUAUGCCGAGCCGCCAGUCGAGGAUCUCAGGUUCAGACCCCCGAAACCCGUGGGCAAAUAUGUGGGUGAUCACAACGCCACCGAAUGGGGGUUUUCUUGUCCACAACAGCGUAUAAAAAUACCGGGAAAGAAGGACCCAAACUUGGCAAAGAACUUGGAUAGUGCUGUCGAUCCGAUGUAUGAGAAGGAUGUGCCCGAGAAUGAAGAUUGUCUUACCAUCAACGUUGUGACGCCUCUGAAUGCGGGUACGACAGCGAAUCUGCCCGUACUGGUGUGGAUUUAUGGAGGCGCUUUCGAAUUUGGAGGGACAGCUUCAUAUAAUGGAAGUUCCAUUGUCAGUCGUGCCACCAAAUUUGAGACGCCGAUCAUCUUUGUUAGCAUGAACUAUCGUGUCAAUGGAUUUGGUUUCAUGGCAAGCAAGGAAGUUAAAGCUGCUGGUGUCGGUAACCUUGGUCUUGAAGAUCAACGCCUCGCUCUUCGCUGGGUUCAGAAAUACAUUAGCGCCUUUGGUGGCGACCCGAAGAAAGUAACAAUCUGGGGACAAUCCGCCGGUGCAAUCUCUGUAUCACUCCAGAUGAUUAUGAACGGUGGCGACAACGAAGGCCUCUUCCGUGGCGGAAUCAUGCAAAGCGGAGGUCCCAUUCCGGUCGGCGACAUCGAGCACGGUCAAAUAUAUUACGACGAUGUGGUCAAGAAGACGGGAUGUGAAGACGCGACGGAUACGCUGGAUUGCUUGAGGCGGGUACCGUACUCGAAGUUGAAAGGGGCUAUAGAUGAGAGUCCAGAUAUCUUUGCUUUUCAGGGAUUAGUGCUGGCGUGGCUUCCGAGGGUCGAUGGACGCGUCUUGGUGGAGCCGCCUCAGCACUCGGUCUUGGGGGACAGAGUAGCCGAUGUACCCUUUAUCACAGGCACGUUAUGCUUUGGCUUGAUUGCUCUUUCUGUCACCGACGUACAUCUACGCGACUUUCUUCACGACUACAUGGCGCCGGAGGCGACGGACCAUGAGCUCGACCUCGUACUGCUCCACUAUCCUUCUUUUCCGCCCGCCGGAUGCCCCUUCGAUACGGGCUUCAGAAAUAAUUUAGGACCGCAAUUCAAGCGCAUCGCUGCUAUCCAAGGAGACAUCGUGUUUCAUGGACCUAGGAGGAUGAUGUUGAACUUCAACCUGGCGAGGAAGGAGAAAGCUUGGUCUUUCCUGAGCAAGAGGAGCAAGUGGGUCCCGUACAUUGGAUCGUACCAUGGCCACGACCUCUCCAACAGUUUUGGUACAGGCGAAAUGAGAGACUACAUCAUCCGUUUCACAGUCAACCUCGACCCGAACGGGCGUGUCGGCCUUGGGAUCCCUUGGCCCAAUUACGAAGUCACGAAUCCGAAGGCGCUGGUCUUCCAGGACAAUGCAUUAUUCCCAAUGAAGAUACAGACGGAUGAUUAUAGGAAGGAGGCGAUUGAAUUUGCGGGAAAUUUGUCGCUGAUCCAUCCUAUUUAAAGGGUAGAGCUGAGAGAGAUCUGGAUACCGAGCCACGCAAGAUUUAUUUUGCAGAGGGGGCUCUUGUUUAAGACCGUAGCCGCGUGACUGGUGUUGAUUUUGUACCCACCUGAUUUUUCUUCCUCUGAUCUUCCUCUGAUCUUAUGUACAAUAUUUUGAUACUCAGUGACACUUAUGCUACGUU